GCCACGCCAGGCACCGACGCUCUCUCGCGCUAGUGUCCUGCAGAAGACCCGGCGUGGCGGUGACGCUGCCUGUCGUGUCCCUCCCUCAUGGUUCUGUACGGCUGUCGUGAAGCUGUGGUGGAUGCGCCGUUGUGAGGGUGCUGCUGCUUGUGUUCACAGGAGUGACUGGUGCAGACAGACCUGGUACAAGGCUGAUUCAUGUUUGUGUGUGUCGGACACGGCACUGUCGGGCUGCUGCUCUCGACGAAAACUAUAAACUUUGCUUCAACUUGAGAAGAUCAGUGUGAAUCAUUGUUUGUUGCCCCAUGACAAGAGAAAUGAGCUUGUGUCUCUCGAAUAAAUGUGUUGUUUAACGAAUUCCAUAAUGAACUGAUAUGACACAGCAUAUUGAAAGCACAGCUGUUGAUAAGAUAAGAAUCAGAGGGAGAUUAACUACCUGAUAGACGCUGAGGUUUGACGUGUGGACCCAAAGUGCGGGGCUACGGAAGGCAGCAGCGGCGCCUCACCUGGCACCGCCCACCAGGAGAUGCGGGACUCGGGCUGAGAUGCGGCGGUGGCGGUGGUGGCGGUGGCUGGUGUGCGCCAGCGGCUGGGUGGCUCUCGUCUAUGUCUUCUUCCUCGCCUUCGUCACGCUGGUCUCCCUCACCAACCCCACUCUGACGCGCCCGUACAGUCCCCCUGCAGAGGCUGUAGGGGGCCGCGGCACAUGGAGCUGGGCGUCGCGCAGGUUGGGGCGCGGAGCGAGGCUUCCCUGGUGUCAGCCUCUGAGGUGGCGGGAUCCUCCAGGACCUGUCACUGCCCUCGUGUCCUUCCCAGGCUCAGGGAACACGUGGGUUAGGUACUUGCUGCAGCAGGUGACAGGCUACUAUUCCGGCAGCGUGUACAAGGACUACGCCCUCAUGAAGAACGGCUUCCCUGCAGAGUCGGUGUCCAACGGCUCGGUGGUGGUGGUGAAGACGCACGAGUGGGGACCAGAGAUGCGCAAAGGGUUCUCGCGCGCCAUCCUGGUGGUUCGGGAUCCUUACCUGGCCAUCCAGGCUGAAUUCAAUCGCCAGAGCGGCGGUCACAUCGGCCACGCACAGCCGGACAAGUAUACGCGGGACGGAGGACGCUACUGGGAGAAGUUCGUGACGAACAAAGCGCUGGCGUGGAUGAACACCACUCUGGACUGGCUCAAAUUCGAAGGUCCACUACAUUUGGUUUUCUAUGAAGAUCUUCUGGACAAUUUGCCUGAAGAAAUGAGGAGAAUUCUUGAGUUCUUGGAUUUGGAUGUCAGUGAGAGUAACUUUGACUGCAUGAUGAGACACCUGGAUGGUAUAUACAAGAGGAGAAAAAGACCUCUGAGCUUCGACCCGUUCACGCCCAAGCUGCGUGCGCUGGUGGAUCGCUGCAAACAACUGGUAGAGCGUGCAGUGCGGGAGGUGCUGGCGGGGGGCGAUGUCAACGUGGUCUUAAACAACAUGAAUGCAUUCAAUUUUAGCUUUGGCCAUCACAAACCUGUCGUCAGAUGAUGACCUCAAGGGUGUUUGUUUGUCGUGCGUCAUAGGAAAAAAUUUCUGAACCAAUGAAGUAGGAAUUAAAAUCUUAUUACAAGGAAGGAAGUUAGUAAAAUACAUCCCCCCAAACAAGGAGAGAAGUCGUGUGUCGUAGAUACUUGCAUAGAUAUAUACUUUGAAACGCAGCAUGUCUGCAGACGCGACGAUGCAUUCCUGUGUUCCUCUCUGCAGGCGGCGCACACAUUACCGAGGCCUGAGAUACAACAGCAAGAUAGGAAACGACAAACGACUCUCCCGAUGAAAAGAAUGAUCGUAUCAAAUAAUUAUUAGUACUAACAUUUCCUGGAAAAA